GCUUUGCAUAAUGUUAUUAUGUAAAAAAAAUUAUAACUACAUGGGGGAAAAUCUGAACUAAAGAUAAUUACUGAUUUUAAAUGUGUAAAAGGCUCAACUGGCUCAUCAUUAGGUUAAUCUAGGUUGUUAACAGGUCUGCCAGUUCACCGUUUAUGUUGUGUUGUUGAAGUAAGUAAUCACAUAUAGGCCUGCAUUGCAGUGAAUAGAGUGGGUGGAGUAGAAAGUAUUGCUUGGCAUUUAGACCUCAGUCCCUCAUGAAAUAACACUAUAUAUAGAUUCCACAGACCCUAGUGAGCAAUCCCAACUCCACUUACUUCGGCACCUAGAAUAGUUCUCUCUAUAAGUCUAUAUGAUUUUAUUUGACUUUGGAACAUGUUUUAAAACCCAAAUGUAAUUCUAAUGUCACUUAAAUAUGAACAAAUAUAAAUCAUUGUUAAUGUUUAGAUAAUAAUUUUUCAUAUUUUAGGAAUAAAUACAGGUUGACACUUCUAUUAUUACGUGCGGGGCUUUUAUUUAGAACGUUUCUAUAAUUCUGUGACCCGGAAGUACUUUUUUUUGUGUGUUACUGACGAGACGCUGGUUAUUUUUUCGAUCUAGUUAGUUCGUGGUCAUAUUGUUUUAUGAUUACGUUUUUAUAAAUCCGUAGGUUACUAAGGUCAGAAAGCGUUGUAGAUCCAUAUGGUCAAGAAAGGAGUGUGAAUUGUUGAAUUUGUUGUAAAAGUUAUUUCACUGCAUUCUGACUGAUGCAACAACAUGUCAAAACAUGUCAAUCGUCCGCUCUUCUGGAUAAUCAAGAGGUACACUGGGGAAUAUCUCCGAAAAUGUAACAUUUUGAACGAGCGAACACUAGGACGAGUUUCCGGUGCUUCUGUCGGUUACAAACAGCACUCAACGGGAGACGCAAACACCCGUCAUGCCAACAAUGUUCCGACCAUUUGGAGCGCAGGAGGCGGCAGGGACAGUGGCUCAGAGCGGACUACUCUCCUCAAGUCAGUCGCUGUUGGGUUGGGACUCGGUAGUGCGGCACUUCUGCAUUUCAGAGGGGACGAGGAGGACAAAGUUUGUGAGAGGAGAGAUUUAUUUUGUGAUUCCAUCCUAGAACGUGUCUUGCCAACAGCCCACUGUGCCUCUCCUUUUAAACCCGACAGUCCACGAUUCAAGUUCAACUUCAUUGCGGAUGUGGUGGAAAAAUCUACGCCCGCUGUCGUGUAUAUUGAAAUCGUCGGCCGGCACCCGUUCUCCGGUCGGGAAGUCCCCAUCUCCAACGGUUCUGGGUUCAUUGUCAGCAGUGAUGGGCUCAUAGUCACCAAUGCCCAUGUAGUGGCCAAUAAGAGAGGAGUCCGGGUCAAGCUAACCAAUGGGGAGACGUAUAACGCCACUGUGCAAGACGUUGAUCAGGUGGCAGACAUAGCCACUAUAAAAAUCAAUGCCCAGCACCCUCUCCCUACCCUCCCUCUGGGGCUGUCGUCGGAUGUGCGUCAGGGGGAGUUUGUGGUUGCCAUGGGCAGCCCAUUUGCCCUGAGGAACACCAUCACGUCAGGUAUCGUCUCCUCAGUCCAGCGGGGCAGCAAGGAGCUGGGUCUGUCCAAACCCAACAUGGACUAUAUCCAGACAGACGCUGCCAUCGAUUUUGGGAAUUCUGGAGGGCCUCUGAUUAAUCUGGAUGGUGAGGUGAUCGGCAUCAACACCAUGAAGGUGACGGCAGGGAUCUCCUUCGCGAUCCCCUCGGAUCACGUCAAACACUUCCUGAACCAAGCCUCUGACAAGAAGAAGUCUCGGUUGGGGGUGUUGGACACCAAGCGGAGAUACAUUGGUGUCAUGAUGCUGACCCUGACUCCAAGUAUCAUUGCCGAGUUGAAGCUGAGGGAUCCCUCCUUCCCUGAUGUCACUUAUGGGAUCAUGAUCCACCGGGUCAUCGUGGGCUCUCCAGCCAACAGGUAUGAAGCCAGGUGACAUUGUGCUGGAGAUCAACGGCACCAAGGUGAACACGUCAGAGGAGAUUUACAAUGCAGUGAGGACCAGCGACAGCAUCACCAUGGUGAUCAGAAGGGGUCAGGACCUACUCAGACUACACAUGACCCCAGAGUUCACAGAGUGAUGUCAUCAAACGUUGCCAGUUAGUGGAGCCGCAUGAUAUAGAGGUAGUGUACGAAGAAGAGGACAGUUGGUACACUGAAGAGGACAGGGAUACUGAAUGAUCACACCCACAACAUGCUUAGAGACAGACUAGCACAUCACUGUCUGUGUGGUUCUACACAUUAAAUAAACCACAGAAAUCAUGUAAGAUGGCCUAUUAACACAUAGCAGCCGACUUUUAAGCAGAGUCCAGUCUGACUGAUAUUCAAAUCACCUUGUAUCAUAAAUAACUACUCCAAUAUUAUUUGUAGAUCCAUCAGUCACAAUUUACACGAUACAUCACAGUUUUGAUGCUCUCGAACACUGCCUACCAUGGGUUUACAGUCGUAAGAUUAGAUGGGCUAUGAUAAACACAGUAUUAGUCAGACACUCUAACUGAAGGACGUGACAGUUGGUUGUGACUGAUUGGCUUCAAACCAAGACACUGCCCUCAACAGACCAUGUGAUUUAUAAUGAAACAGAUACUUAUACUGAAAUAUUGAGCUAUAAGGCUCUGCACUGAAGUAUUUAGAGUAUUAUGACAUCAAUAUACAGUACAUCUAUCAAUUGACUUGUAUUGUUUGGGGAUUUAAUUACAACCUCAUUGAAGAUCUGAUGUAACCAAGAAGGGGGUGUGAUUCAAUCCGAUCUGUGGUAGAUCCGCGUUAUAGCGUGCUUGACAUUUUAAAGGUAAUUUUUAAUACAGCCAACAUAUGAAAAGUUUACCAUUAAUGCCAUCUGCAAAUGCGGUGAAAUUGUCUUUAAAAGUUGCAUUGUCUAUAAGUGCGAUCAGAUUAGUGUUUUCACUCUAAUACACUGUAUCAGUUGUGUGCACAAUAUUUUUACUGAAAGUCACUACAAUAAACUAUUUAGAAAAGCUGAUAUUUCUAAGUCCGAUACAGUCCUACCAGUCUCAGCAACCCAGAACAGAAAACCUCACAUAUGUUAAUCUCUCUGAGAGAUUACUGUACAACACACUUUACUUGUUUGUUUUUGGUAAAGCAGGUAGUAGGUUAGCAUAUUUCCCUUUCUACUUCUUGCCUGUGUCUUAAAGACAGGCUCAGGUUGGGUUGUAAUACUGUGUGGUUUUAAAUGUUCAGGUUGGGUUGUGAGAAGUAGGCAUUGGUCUGAAGCCAAAAAAGUAAAUUAACAUGAGCAGCACAAUGCUUCAGUGAUGCUCUACCAAGGGGUUCCAGCAGACAGCUUUGACCUACUACAGUAGCUAUGUUGGUCUAUUGUACUUCAAACAACAUAUAGACAGGUUACUUGGGAUUCAAAACUACUGUAGUGGGUCAAAGCUGUGUGCUGGAUAACCUUAUUAGAGCAUUGGUGAAGUAGGCAUUGUGGUGCUCAUGUGAAUUUCUUUUUCGGCCACAGACAAAUGCCUGCGUUUCACUGAAAAUGUUGUUUAAUUUCCAUGUUUUUUUUUUUUACACCGAAAGUAAUUAUACAACAUUUCCACAUGCAAAAGGUGUCUUUUUUUGUAAUUUGCACUUCAAAUGAUGUUCUAAAAAUUGAAGUGUCGGAGCUGAAAAUGUGGACCCAAUUGUAUACAAAUUUUCUGUUACCGGUGGCUAUCUUAGGUUGUACCAGUAUGUCAGAUUAGCUACAUUUCAAAUUUCUCAGCCUUUGAGUACCACAGAAACACUUUGAAUGAAUAACAGACAUGUUCAUAACAAGUGGCUAUGGAUGAAGAUCAAAAUAUCUGUUCAAAAACAUAUAUUUUAAAACAAAAUUUAACUACACGUUAAAAUAUUAUUUAUUUUAGGGAAUUUAAACCAUUUGUUACGAAAGGUUAAUAAAAAUAAGUGUUACUGCUU